AUGAUUCCCAACGCUCAGCACUCGUGGCAGGACGAAGAUGCAAGAUUCUGCAAGGGAACUGCUCGAUGUGCCACAAAAGUUCAUCAAAGAGGGCACGCAGUUCAUGAACAGGUGUACCAAGCCAGACCAAAAAGAGUAUCUCAUGAUCUCAAGAGCCAUCGGCGUCGGCUUUCUCAUCAUGGGCUUCAUCGGUUUCUUCGUCAAGCUGAUACACAUCCCCAUCAAUUCCAUAUUGGUUGGAGGAGCAUAGCUGGCCACGACGGCGUAGCAACGCGGCAUUGUACCUCAUUUCGCGCGCCCAACUGUACCGCCAUGCAUGUUCGUGUCGCUCGACAGCUUGGCUGGAUGCUGCAAUGCCCAACAUCGCGUCUUGCAGGCAUCUACGUCGAGCGUGCUGGCGUUUGA